AUGGCCUGUCGCCAACACAACCUUCGACCGGCAUCAGCACGUCGCAUGCCGCAACGCUACCAGGGCAGGGACGCAGAAAAACGGGCGGAUCACCGGGCGGUCUCUCGAAAUCAUAGCCCGGCUAUCACGUCCCCCGCGGAGCCGGGAAGUCCAAACCUCGGAAAGUAUUGCGCAUUUCCGUCUCGUGCGCUGGACGACCCUGCCCCAGGGCCAAGCGAACUGGUCAAGGCCACGAGGGAGGGCAACGCAAAGGGGGAAAAGGAAGCGCUGCAGAGGAAGCCGAGAGCUGCAGACCGCGGCGUGAGUCUAGGCGAGCAAAAUCCAGGACCCUGGCGCAAAGUGCCUCACCCUCGCUGCCGCCCGUUCCCCUGGCUGACGUCGGAGGAAGGCACAGAGGGUUCAACUCCGACAUCACCGAGGACGGCUGGGACGGCUCGCGUUCCCAGACGGAAGCCCAUGGCAUCAAGUCUGGCCAGGUCGCCGGUGGACAUGGAGACGCCGCUCGUGCGAGACGACAUCGACUGGGGGUCCGAUCUGGACGACGAGCCGCCGUUGGCUCGUCCCGGCACGACCGUCGACAACCUUUCGGCCGGUGCUCAAUGGGCAAUGUGCCACGUAUUGUGCGAGAAGCACCCGUUCCCCAGGGUGGUACAGCUCUUGGGCCUGAGUGGUCUGCAGAUUCGCGACUUUCUCACUACGUACCUUGCAGAACACAAGGCGUGGGAGGCCUACGAGGCCAACGUGGCCAAGAUUCCGAAUCAUAAGCUGAUGGGAUUGGCUGCGGGGAGGAGUUGCUUCGUGUCGGAUUUGAUCAACGUGUACCGCCCGGCCCUGAGUAUCGACCGCAUCACUCGGGAGGAUGUUCGCCAGGCCACGGAGUACAUGAAACACCGGGGGCUGGGUAGACAUGCUGAAGAGCUGCAAGACUGGAUGGGAACCAACACGCAGGGCUUUGUCGACCUGGGCAUCACGGAAUCUAGUUUGCUUCAUGACAAGGACGAGAUUUGCCCUGCGAGAGAACAGUACUCUGGAUGGAUUGACCUGGAGCACAUCAAGGUUGCUGCGGGGGCCCGAGCAGAGCAGAUGACUGUGGAGGCCGAUAGUAGAUGCCUUAUAAACGACGUGUUUCUCGGUCUGGCUCCUCAUGUCAUUCCGCGUUCGGCUCCAGCAGCGAGUCCGGACAAGACUGUUCGGGAUGGCGUCCACGUCGCGCCUCUUCGAAAUCGCUUUGUUCUUGCUGGAGUUCCAAGAGACAUGACGGACCUCGUCUCCAUAAGGCGGUUUGAUAGCGACGGAGUUUCAGCGGUCAGCCAGUUGAUGGCGCUUGGUGGCCAGUAUGUUUCUCCCCUAGACUUGGAUGUGCACAAGCCUCAGAUAUCACCGGCUCAGAGGUCAGCAGCUAUGGAGGCGAUACAAAAAAGCCGUACCCUCCACACGACGGGGGACAACUCAUGGUGUGCUCACCCAGCGCUGGGGGACACUCGGGCGGCAAAAACAGAUCUUCGACGACAGAUCAUCUCCAUGCAAGCUUUGGGGAGCCUGAUUCGUCCGAGCGGAGCAGUGCAAAGCGAGAGUAACGGACUCUUUGAAACAGCAGCCGGCCCGGAAGUUUCGGCCGUUGUCAGCGGCGGGCUGUCUGCUGGAUAUCAGUCUUUCAACAAUCGACACGUGGAGACACCAGCGAUAGCCACAGAUGACUGUGACAUUGCCGGAAAGGCCGCACGGCUGUCAAGAGUCGUCGGCCGUGCGUCAGAAGCCCAGGACGCCCGCAAGUCAUUCAAAACUGGGGAAGAGAUGGAAGAGGUCCCAAGCCCGGUUGCCGAAAUCAACACUAUGAGUGCCCGACUCCGACGGGAACUUGAUAAUAGAUGGAAACACUACCUUCGAGAAGAGAGCAAAGCUCCCGUUGGCAGACCAAAGACUCAUCGCUCUGCACCAAAGGACGCGAUGGACGAUGACCUGGACUAUGAUCCUGAAAAAGUCACGGGGAAAAAACGCAAACACUCUGCGCAGAGCCAAAAAACUCCCGUGAAAUGCAGGAGACUCGGUGGUACAAGUCCAAAUACGCCAGUGCGAUCUCAGUUCCGUGAAAUGCUAGUUGGAAUCCCAAGCGAGCUCAUCAAGCCCAUCAACUUAAUUUCCCUGGACAAUCAGCAGGCAGGCAGCCAGAGGCCCUCCAGCCUUGCCUCCAGUGCACCACUUUCGCCAGGCUCAAUGGACCCUAUUUCCCCGUGCUCAUACCGGUCGUUAAAAGCAAGCGGUGAUGGCAUCUGCGGUGAGACAAGCAGGCCCAAAAAGAAUGCCACGCCCAUCUUCGGCCUACAGCGAAACCAGGAAUUGGCAAGACCCGUCAACUUGGCUAAAGACGCAAAAUACGCGUGGUCAGCCGAGAGGGCCGAGUUCGCUGACAUCUGCCAGGUUGCUCAGUACGCGCUGAAAGCGAAUCGGCUUAGGCACGCCAGCAAUGACUUGCUGGGGAGAGAUGCAGGAUUGCCGCAGGAUGCCCUGGCGGCGCUUAACAAGCUCAAGGAGGAGUUCGACGCGGUCGAGUUCCAGCAAAGGGGCAAUGCGACGCGGAACGCGGAGGAGAGCAAGUUUGCAGGAUGCGCAGACUCGGCCUUGUAUGCCUGCGAAGCGAGGGAGGCAGACUUUGCGAUGGUAUUGAGCAGUGAUGAGUCCGACUGA